CCGAGGAUUUUUUUUUUUUUUUAACCAUCCCUGUCAAAGCCUUCAUCUCACUGCUAGACAGACCAACCUGCUUCCUUCCUCUCCGCCUACACUCCACCUCCCACCAGGGUGAUGCACCAGACAAUGGCACUUGGGAGAAAGGUGUGCAAAGGACAGAGGGGUUCGAGCUUCCCGUAGGGGUGAUGGGCAGAGGGAUCCAGAUGGACAAGGAGUAUGUGGGUUUCGCAGCCCUUCCCAACCAGCUGCACCGCAAGUCCAUCAAGAAGGGGUUUGACUUCACACUCAUGGUGGCAGGGGAGUCAGGCCUGGGGAAAUCCACCCUCAUCAACAGCCUGUUUCUCACCAACCUCUAUGAGGAUCGGCAACUGCCAGAGGCCAGCGCUCGCUUGACACAAACGCUGACUAUUGAGCGUCGGGGCGUGGAGAUCGAGGAGGGGGGUAUUAAGGUGAAGCUGACCUUGGUGGACACACCUGGCUUUGGGGACUCGGUGGAUUGCUCAGACUGCUGGCUGCCCGUGGUGCGCUUCAUUGAGGAGCAAUUUGAGCAGUAUCUUAGGGAUGAGAGUGGCCUGAACCGGAAGAACAUCCAGGAUUCCCGUGUCCACUGCUGCCUCUACUUCAUCUCACCCUUUGGCCGGGGGCUCCGGCCCCUCGAUGUGGCCUUCCUCCGGGCGGUGCACGAGAAGGUCAACAUCGUCCCCGUCAUUGGCAAAGCAGAUGCCCUGAUGCCCAGCGAAACCCAGGCUCUCAAGCAGAAGAUCCGGGACCAGUUGAAGGAGGAGGAAAUCAACAUCUACCAGUUCCCCGAUUGUGACUCGGAUGAGGAUGAAGACUUCAAGAGGCAGGAUGCCGAGAUGAAGGAAAGCAUCCCUUUCGCAGUUGUCGGUUCAUGCGAGGUAGUGAGGGACAAAGGCACCCGCCCAGUGAGGGGACGCCGCUACUCCUGGGGAACCGUGGAGGUGGAGAACCCACAGCACUGCGAUUUCCUGAACCUGCGACGGAUGCUGGUGCAGACACACCUGCAGGACCUGAAGGAGGUGACACACGAUCUGCUGUAUGAGGGCUACCGGGCCCGCUGUCUACAGAGCCUGGCCCGGCCUGGGGCUCGCGAUCGGGCCAGCCGCAGUAAGCUUUCCCGCCGGAGCACCGCGGAGAUCCCGCUGCCCAUGCUGCCCCUGGCCGAGACGGAGAAGCUGAUCCGCGAGAAAGACGAAGAGCUGCGUCGCAUGCAAGAGAUGCUGGAGAAGAUGCAGGCGCAGGUGCAGCAGAGCCAGGCUCAGGGCGAGCAGUCGGCCGCUCUCUGAGGACCCCCGCCCGGUGCCGCUUUACAUCAGCUCCGCCUUCGUCCGUCUCUUGUCCAAUCCCCGAGCCCCGGCGGCCCCGCGCCUCACCCCGGAGCCUGUUGGCACUGGGCUCU